AUCUAAUUGCUCUCAAGUGAGGUCAGCGGGAGGCAUUUAUUUAAGCGACAGUGGAGGGUGCACAUGAGUCUCUGUGCCAGAAGCAGACAGACAUUCAUGGGAAGUGAAGCUCUCAUCUGUUUGGACUGCAUUGCUGGGCUUGUUUUUUUGGUGUUUUAAUUCAAAUUUCAAUUUCAAAUGGAAACAUAUCACCGGCAAGUCCUGCAUCGCAUACUGUGGUCUCAGGAAGAUGGAGAAGACAAUGUGUAGCUUCACUCAAGACUAGGAAGAACCAUCAGAUAAAAAGACUGUUCUCCAACCUCAACUUCAUCACCCUUCAGAAGCGUUUCCUCCUGAGUCAACGUCCCGCUAGGACUCCAUGCUGCAAGAACAGUGACCCCAAAGUUUAACUGGAAUGACUGGAGGGUUCAGGGAGUUCGCUUGGUCUGAGGGAUACCGCACCAAUCUCUUCUCCCAUUUCAGUAUGUUGUUCAUUGAUCCCGACUGCAUUGUAUUAUAAUGCACAAAUGGAUGCUGACAUGGAACCUUCCAAAUGUUUUCUCGGGACUCUACCUGCAUGCCAUCUUCCUGUUCAGCAGUGUGUGUGUGGUCUACAGCGACUGCACCCCGGCGCAACUUGCUGCCAUCAUGAACUGUUCUAGACACGAGCGUCACACCAGGAAUUAUGACUAUAUGGAGGGAGGUGAUGUACGGAUCCGACAGCUGUUUAGCCGCACCCAGUGGUUCCUGACAAUUGAUGAUGACGGCAACAUCAAUGGGACUCAAGACCCGACCAACUGUUACAGCAUCCUAGAGAUCAGAACAGUGUCUGAAGGGGGUAUACUGGCUAUUAAAGGCGUAAAAAGUCAGCAUUACAUCUCCAUGAACAAGGCUGGACAGCUGCAAGGCAAGAGGAUCUACAACGACAACUGCAACUUUAAGGAGGUUUUCCUAGAAAACUACUUCAAUGCAUAUUCCUCUACGAAGUGGACUAAAAAUGGCAAAGAAAUGUUCAUAGCGCUGUCUCAGAAAGGACGGCCAAUGCGAGGGAAGAAGACGAGGAGGGAGCAUGUAGCAUCGCACUUCAUCCCGAUGAAAUGCAAGGAGGAGGAGAGACGGACGGACUGAGACAGAGGACUCACUAUUUGUAUGAAUUCUGUUACCAAAUAUGUUAAUGGACAAUUAAAUAUACAGUAUCACCAACCACACUCCACUCUUCUCAAGAUGUAUAUUGUGUAAGUUAUUAUCAUACACAAUAUGGACAAACUCGGGACACACCUUUUAUUUAAUCAAUCAGGAUUUGGAAUGGAAUCAUUUUCGGUGGAUGUGGA